AGGAGCAAGAUUAAUUAAAGGAAGAACCGCGUGUUCCCAUGGUUUCUUACUCUAAGCAACAAUGUUAAAAGUGUAUUAGUUAUUUGUUGACAAAUUAUUGAAAGAUUUUUAGACAGAAUGGCUGGAACCAUGAGUGGCAGUGACGUGCCACAGCUUCAGAUUAGGUUCAUCACUAAACAAGAAUGCUAUGCAGUUCCAGACUAUCCCCUAUCUGUUCCCGCCCCUGUUACACCAGAGGAGCUGAAUACGCUCUUGAACACUCUGCUGCGAGAAACGAACGAGCUGUCCGCAUCGAUCUCCUUCGACUUCCUCGUUUCCUCCGAAUUCCUCCGCUCACCUCUCUCAAUCCAUAUAGCUGAUCGUGGCCUUUCCACAGAAGACGUUAUUGUCGUAGAAUAUCUAGAGAAACAUCCACCUCCAGAGCCCCAGAACUGCCUCAUUCAUGACGACUGGGUGUCUUCAGUAGCAGUAGCUGAAAAAUGGAUACUGACAGGUUGCUACGAUAGUACUGUACACAUCUGGACGUCCAAAGGAAAUCACAAAUUAACAAUUCCCGGUCAUACAGCAGCAGUAAAGGCCGUGGCAUGGAUUUGCCUGACUGAUGAGCUCGGAAUGUUUGUAAGUGCCUCACAGGACCAAUCGGCUAUAAUUUGGCAAUGGAAUAUUCAAAGCAACUCUGUGGAAUGUGUUCACGUCUGCAGAGGCCACGAACAAGGCCUUGAGUCAGUUGGUGUGAGUACAAAUGGUGAGCAUAUGGCUACGGGAGCUUGGGACAAUAUGCUGAAGGUCUGGGGAACCUCCGAGAAUGAUUCCGAGGAGCCGGAAAAGAAAAAAGCUAAAGUCGAUAAAGGAAGAACAAGAGUCCCUAAGAGAACAAUGAAAGGACACAAAGAAGCAAUAUCUGGAACCGUUUGGGUGGAUAGUAACGAGAUCAUUAGCUCUUCUUGGGAUCAUACCAUUAAAGUUUGGGAUUCGGAGUUAGGAGGAAUGAAGCAUGAAAUUGUGGGAAAUAAGAGUUUCUUUGAUAUUGAUUUUUCGAAGAUCGGCAGAGUUCUUGUUGCAGCAUCUGCUGACAGACAUGUCAGAAUUUAUGAUCCUCGUUCUAAUGAGGGUUCUGUUGUCAAAUCUACGCUCACCUCUCACACGCAGUGGGUUCAAACUGUUCGCUGGUCUACGACUGAUGCCAAUAUGUUCCUAUCAGGUGGCUACGACAAUUGUCUAAAACUUUGGGAUAUUCGCAGUCCAACAGCACCGCUUUAUGAGCUAUCGGGACACGAAGACAAGGUCUUCUCUUGCAACUGGUCGAAUCCCAAACUCAUGGUCUCCGGAGGCGCUGAUAAUACUGUGAGAAUAUUCAAAGCCGGCAACGCAGUUCAUUAAAUUAUUUUCUGCUCAUUUUUUGAAAAUUCAAAUUUAUAAAUAAAGUUUCUCAUUUAAUUGACAAAAA